AUGGCUGAUUCCAUAAACAACUGUUUCAAAGCUCGAAGGUUUCAGGACAGUCUCAAGACAGCUAGGACGUUGCCAAUACACAAGAAAGGGGAGUCUAGUAAUCAUGCAAACUUCAGAGCAAUCUCUAUUGUUCCAGUCUUCUCGAAGGUGAUUGAGACGGAGAUGAAGAUGCAGCUGACCAACUUCUUCCAAGGAAACAACCUGCUGUCCUCUUCACAACACGGCUUCAUGAAUGGUCGAUCCACCAAAAUCGCUCUGAUCACAUUGGAGGACAGUAUCCGGAGUGCUUUUGAGGCUGGUGAUUCCCUUGCCCUCACACUGUGUGACCUCAGUAAAGCCUUCGACUGUGUUCCUCACAAAAUACUGAUGGGGAAAACUUGA